AUGUCUUUCAAAGUUUUCUCUCUGCUCCUGGCUUCGCUGGGCUUUGUUUUGAUGGAAGAGAACAUCUCAGGUAUAAAUAUAAGGGCUCCCAGUGCCAGACCAGUGCAAAGACGCUACUCCGAGGCCACCCUGGCGAGCGACUACAGCCGCACGAUGGACAACAUGCUGAAGAAGAACUUUGUGGAGUGGUUGCUGGCCAGACGGGAGAAGAAAAGCGACAACAUCAUCGAGCCAUACAAGAGAGAAGCUGAACCCCAUGGAUCAGCUGCGAGAGGCCAAAAAUUGGACCUGGCCACCCAGGAAGCCAAAGAUUUCUUCGCUUGGCUUCUGAAAGCCAACAAAAACCAGAGCUCUCCGGAAGAUCUGAAGGAUGUUGUGAACCAGGAGUUUCUGACAUGGCUGAUGUCGACUGAUCUCUGCAGACCAAC